ACCUAAAAGUGUAGAAAAUUAUGGAGAUGUCUGAAAGUGAAGUAAAAAAAGUUCCAACAUGCCUAAUAGUCUUAGGUAUGGCUGGUUCAGGUAAAACUUCGCUUAUUACGAAAUUAAUGGAUAUGAAUCCUUAUCAAUAUGCUGUAAAUUUGGACCCUGCCUGCAUUCAAUCGCCAUAUACUGCUGCAAUAGAUAUUAGAGAAACAAUAAAUUAUAAAGAAGUCAUGAAACAAUAUAAACUAGGACCAAAUGGUGCAAUAGUAACUUCCCUUAAUCUAUUUGCUACAAAAUUUCCUGAUGUCUUGAAAUAUAUAGAAAAUUGCAAACAUGAUAUAUGCUUGAUUGAUACUCCAGGCCAAAUGGAAGUAUUCACUUGGAGUGUGUCUGGAACAAUAAUAACAGAGACACUAGCAUCUAGUUUUCCAACAGUAGUACUUUAUGUUAUUGACACUGUUAGAAGCGCUUCCCCUGUUACUUUUAUGUCAAAUAUGUUAUGUGCCUGUUCUAUACUUUAUAAAACACGUUUACCUUUCAUUGUUGUUAUGAACAAAGUGGAUAUUGUUGAUCACAGCUAUGCUAUGGAUUGGAUGAAAGAUUUUGAAGUUUUUCAUGAAGCUUUAGAAAAUGAUGAAGCAUAUAUUAGCAAUUUGACUCGUUCAAUGGCGUUAACUCUAGACGAGUUUUAUAAUAAUCUAAAAGUGUGUGGUGUCAGUGCAACCACUGGACAAGGACUAGAUGAUUUAUAUAAGUUAGUCGAAGAAGCUAAAAUAGAGUAUGAAACUGAUUUUAAAGUCGAGUUGGCGAAAGCCCGAGAGGAGAAGAAAGCCGAUGUGCCGCAAUCGAGUUUGGUAAACGAAUCAAGUCCAGGAAUAGAUUUGGCGGAGAUUUAUUUGAGGAAGGCAGGAGAUCUUAGUAGCUCUGACUCGGAAGGCGAAGAGAUCGACCCGAAAUCUGCUGAAAUUGAGGCUGAGAAUUUUAAUAAAAAUCUGCAAAAGCAAAAAGAGAUGCAGGUGAAGAGAGCGCAAGAAGCAAAAUCUAAACUAAAAUAAGAACAAACAUUUAAUAUUGUUCAUUUUGUAAUUUUAAG